CGUGACGGCUGCCAGAGCGAUCGGUUGUUACAACUCUUUGUUCGCUGUAAACUUCGUCGUCUUCGUGCGUUGCGUGUAUCUUCGUGUUUUCAAAUUUGUUCGUUGAUCAAAAGACGUCAUCGCCAGAGACGGACGUGUCUCUCGAUUGAUUUGUUGCUAAAAUAAAGUGAGAAAUCGAAUACUAGUGCAAGUUUGAGUACAAGAACGUGUAUCUAUAAUUGGCUUUGCAUAAUGUCGAAGAGUCUGCGCCCUCUUAAGAUAACCAUCGUUGGUGAUGGCAUGGUGGGCAAGACCUGCCUACUGAUAACAUACACACAAAACGAAUUUCCUGAGGAGUAUAUACCAACUGUAUUUGAUAACCAUGCCUGCAAUAUAACUGUUGAUGAUAACGAGUACAAUCUGACGCUUUGGGACACGGCUGGUCAAGAGGACUACGAGAGGUUGCGCCCAUUGAGCUAUCCAAAUACGAACUGCUUCCUGUUGUGCUAUUCCAUCAGCAGUCGCACCUCAUUCGAGAACAUCAAGAGCAAAUGGUGGCCGGAGAUUCGUCACUUUGGUACCAAUGUGCCCGUGAUUCUGGUGGGAACCAAACUGGAUUUGCGCAUACCAAAUUCAGAGAAAUUUGUAACUACACAGGAGGGACGACGAUUGCGCAAAGAGAUACAUGCCCACAAUUUUGUCGAGUGCUCGGCAAAGAAGAAGAUCAAUUUACAGCAGGUGUUCGAGGAGGCAGUGCGAGCGGUGGAGAGGAAGCCAAGAUCGAAGCCUCCCUCGUGCAGAAUACUUUAAUUAAGUCAUAUGCUUAAUGUUGAAUAUUGUUAUUAUACGUAAUUGUAUUAUGCAUAUAUAUAUAUACAUAUAUGUACAUAUAUAUAAACAUAUGUAAAUGUCUGAUUUGGGCGUUAGAUUCGCUUGUUUCACAGUGUGUAGAAAAUGUAACGAUAAGUUGUAAUUUUAAGUUUAAGUUGUGUGAAAUCUGUUUUGUAUGCCACCAAAGUGCAUUUUUAUUUAAAAUUUCAACACUACAUGUAAUUAUUUGAAUUUAAAUGCGAAAAUAGUCUGUAUGUAUAAAUAUUUACGCCAAAACAUGCAAAUGCUGCCGUCGGGAGUGCUUCUUACAAUAUACCCUGUAUGCAGUAAACGUCAUUAAAAUUCUUAUUGUAAUUUUCUGUAAUGUGGGAAAAGGAAGGGACUGCAGUUGUACACAUACCAAAACAGCUUUUUAGUCUCUGAAAUUAAACUGAGUGAAAUAAUAAAAAUCAAUAAACC